GAAAGGACCAUGACAGUGAAGGUACACAGGAUGAGGAAGUGAGUGUCAGUCUCCACAGAUCUGGGCUCAGUGACACACACACGUAUGGAUCCUCUGAUGCUCCUGUUUCUUCUCAUUGCUGGGCUCACAGGUGCUGACAGUGUGUCCACAGUGAGCUGGGUGUCUGUACAGAGAGGAGGAUCUGUCACCAUCCCAUGUUUCUAUGACGACAGAUAUAAAACUCAUGUGAAAUACUGGUGCAGAAGGUAUAAUGUGAGGUCGUGUACUCCCAUAGUACACGCUGAUUCUGCAGAGGAGGGUAAAGUGUCAAUCAGAGAUGAUCCUGACCAGCAGGUCUUUACUCUGACCAUCAACAAUCUGACAACUGGGGAGUCUGGUUUCUACUCAUGUGGUGUGAAGAUCUUAGGAGAUGUAGAUGUUGGAGAUCAGGUUUACCUGUCAGUCACUGAUGGUGUGUCUGCAUUGAACAGAGUGUCUGUACAGAGAAGAGAAUCUGUCACCAUCCCAUGUUUCUAUGAUGACAGAUAUAAAACUCUUGUGAAAUACUGGUGCAGAGGGCGUAAUGUGAGUUCAUGUCCUCCCAUAGUACACAGUGACUCUCCACAGGACGGUAAAGUGUCAAUCAGAGAUGAUCCUCACCAGCCAGUCUUCACUGUGACCAUCAACAAUCUGACAGUUGGGGACUCUGAUUUCUACUCAUGUGGUGUGAAGAUCUUAGGAGAUGUAGAUGUUGGAGAUCAGGUUUACCUGUCAGUCACUGACGGUUCCCCAGAGCUGUCAGUAGACAAACAGGAGGUGACGGGUGUGGAAGGAGACAGUGUCAGUAUUCAGUGUCGCUAUGGAAACAGUGACAGUCUGAAGCUGUGGUGUAAGAUCGGGGGCUCAUGUGCAUCAGAGAGAUCUGUGAGUUUGGAUGGGAGGCCUGUCCUGAUCAGGGAUGACACAGUAAAUAAAAUCGUCAGUGUGACAAUGAGGGGACUGAAAAGGAAGGACACAGGAUGGUACUGGUGUGAUGCUGGAGGCUGGCAGAUCCCAGUUCAUAUUACUGUCAAACUAAUAACCAUCACUGAAUGUAAGUAAUUAAUAUAAAUCUGGCUGUGAAUAAUUUGUGCUUCAAUUCAAAUAGCCAAACAGCAAAUGAGGCAGUUUCACCCAUGAA